GCUGUGGAAACGAUACGGAUGGUGUGGUUUCGCUUGUGAUGUGAUUUUUAUUAUUUUUCAUCAAUUUUAUUGCUUAUAUUCCAUUAUUAAUGACUGUAAUCUGACUAUUUUGUUAAUAUUUAUCGUCACAAAUAUGGAAGUGACUCGUAAAAAUUUUAAAGAGGUUUUGCCUCUCGUACAGGAUUCAAUUAAUAAAGCUGACUUCCUGGUGAUAGAUGCAGAGUUCACCGGCCUUAUAAACGGCCGAGAUGUGUCUAUGUUUGAUUCUCCAUCCGAGUAUUAUUCCCGGCUGUUGAAGGGGUCUAGUGAGUUUUUGCUGAUCCAGUAUGGGCUGUGCGCGUUCUAUUGGGACAAAGAAAACCGGCAUUACAUGAACGAUGCGUAUAACUUCUACUUAUUUCCCCGCGGGAGGCCAGGACCUGAGAAAAUGUUUAUGUGCCAGAGUUCCAGCUUAGAUUUCUUGGCAUCACAAGGAUUUGACUUUAACAAGCUUAUAAAAGAAGGUAUUUCCUAUAUGACAGAGCCAACAGAGACUAGACUGCGUGAGCUGUUGACUGAAAGACAAAAGAACUAUUCAAAUGAUAAGGAUACUAUUACAAUACCUGAAGAAAAUAAACCACAAAUAGAAGAUGUAUGCAAUCGUGUUCGUAAGUUCCUCGAUGACGAAGUCUCAGAUGAACUGGAAGUAGACCGCUGCAAUGCCUUCAUCCGACGGCUGCUAUUCCAAGAACUGGGGACACGUUUCAAAGGCGAAGCCGCUGUGGAAACCAAGGUUUUAGAGAAUAAAAACAGAGUCCUUAAAGUGGUACGCCUCAAAGAAGGCGACGACUCGAAGAGUCGGGACACACAGAAGAAAGAAAGGGAGUGGGAGGACUUUGAAGCUGCCGUUGGGUUCUCUAAAGUGGCGCGGAUGAUCAGUCAGUCUGAAAAGCUGGUGAUAGGCCACAACAUGCUGUUGGACGUGCUGCACACACUCAACCACUUCUUCCAGCCGCUGCCUGACGACUAUGACUCGUUCAAGGAGUUCACGCACUGCAUGUUUCCAAGCUUGCUAGACACGAAGUACAUGUCGAGCCUGCCGCCCUUCAAGGACAGGGUGAAUUCCAGCGUGCUGCAGCACCUUUUCACCACCCUGGCCGAAGAGCCCUUCUCGAUGCCCGUGACAGAGUCAAAAGAUGGCCGCGGCUACUGUCGCUCGGAAGACAAGAACCACGAGGCUGGUUACGACGCCUACGUCACGGGUCUCUGCUUCCUCUCGAUGUACUCGCAUCUCUGCAAGAUGAGGGGCGAGGACUCCGGCCGCGUAUUGCCUAACUGUCCUGUGCUGAAGCCGUUCCUUAACAAGCUGUUCUUGGCCAAGACUGCGCACCAGGACUCACCCUACAUGAACUUCAAUGGAGAUGACCCAUCACCUUCGAGAGACCACGUGUUCCACCUGACCUUCCCCAGGGAGUGGCUCAGGACUGACAUCAAUCAGCUGUUUAGCCCUUUCGGACCAGUCACAGUUCAGUUCAUAGACGACACGACGGCCAUCAUCGCGCUGUCGCGGCGCGACCAGGCGCGUGACGUCAUGCGUGCGCUCGCGCACCACUCGCGCACUAAGCUGGUGCCCUUCGUCCGGUACAAGCACGCGCUAGCCAAGUUCCACGAUCAUCGGCAUCCAUCGCCAGUGAAGCAAGUGUGCGUAUUUCUACUUUUAUUUGGUGUUGUCUGUUACGCGUGGUUCUUGCACUGGAAACACGUAUUGUACCCGCGUAUACACGCAUAUUUGUGUCACUGGAGCGGUGAUUGUUAUUAGACAUGAGCGCCUUGUAGUUAUCAAUAUCGAGGAUUUAUGUUGCCACCGGGUGGCUCUACAAUCACGAGGUUUUUUACAAAAUAAUUUUAGGUAUAUCGUUAGUAAUUUGACUGAUCGCUUUACGCAAAAACGUAGCGUUUUUAACUUUUUUUUGCAUUCCAAAACGAAAUUCCAAAAAAGCAGUAGUCCAUACUUACCAAUCGUCAUUGACAGCACAUGUCAAUGAUACGGUUACGAGUCGGUUCGUCGAAAUUAAAAAUGACUCGAAUAUUAUUAUUACUAAACUGUAAAGGCAGUCGUCAAGUAGUUUGAAUUGAGUUGAGUUUGACCAUAAAUGAAUAUUGAAUUUAUUUAAGGUGCAGCCAAACCAACGCGAAUACACGUUAAGUCAGAUCUCCAUCGCUGCACGCCGGCUGAUCGCUUGUGAUCGCGUUGGUUUGACUGAACCUUUGAAGAUAGGGAUACAUAAUAAUAUGUGACAAAUUGUCUAUAAGUAUGGGUAUGGAAGCGAUGACGAAAAUUCAUCGGAUCAAUCGAUGUUACAUUGUCUACAGCACUGGUUGGUGAAUUUCUUUUCUCCUCAUUAACGUUAGGCAGGGGGGUAGGGUGUCUUAUGUUAGGAGCCUUAUGAGGUUAGAGGGUAUUUUUCCAGUAAAUUUCUUUAUCUGCUUGAUAUUAUUAUGUGUAUUUGUGUUGUGUGUUGCAUUCGAAUAGUUUGGAUCUCUUUUAAUGAUUCGAUUUAGUUUGUAAGUUUCAAAUUCCUUUGAAAUGUUAUGUGGUGAUUAUUUGAAUUAGGAGGAGUAGGUAUUUGUCAUUUGUUUAAUUUUAUAUCUUUUUUGUGAAGCAGGCUUCCUAAGUAGAAAUAUUGCAUGGUUACAUACAUUUCGACGUCGAUGUUUGAAAAGUAUUGACUGUCAUUACCAAUUGGGUAUUUUACAUUGGUAUUUUGCGUUUUUACGUAAUAUAAGAAUUCCUAGAUAUUAAGUGAACUUUUGGAUAUUUUUUUAUUUUAGUAAUAAAAAUAUUAUGAAUAUUUGUGAAGGCUUUGGACAACCGUGAUAUUAUUCCGUUUUAAUGUGAUAUUUAUAUUUAAAAAGACUUUAUUGUAAACGUGUUGGUAAAUUAAAAUAUUCUUAUAAAAAUGGAGGCUCAAAUACUUAUUCAAACAUAAAGUUAAAAUUAUUUGAAUUUAAAUUAAAUAUUGAAAAAUAUUUUAUUGGAGAUGUUCAUAAAUUUUCUCGUUAUAUUGAAAUCUCAGGCUUGAGAGCCAAUUUUUCGUGUUUUAAUUGUUAUUUUUAGUAACAGUCAUGUGUAGUAGUGAUACAUAAAGUGUCCUAAUACAAUUUAAAUGAUAUUAGCUGUAGGUUUUUUUUUACUUUUAGAAUAUUUUUACUUUUUUCAACAGGUUGACUCUAACAAUAAGGUAUUAAAUAAGAUCUCAUUGUGUUUUCCCCUUUUUGAUUUCCAUUUUAUGGCACUAAAAUAAACAAUGUUUUGGCUG